AUGGGUGUAAUUUCUGUGUUGGGACUGCUGGUGUGGACCCUGAUUGCUGGAACAGAAUACUUUCUAUAUCCAGCUUUUGGCUGGGUGAUGUUUGUAGCUGUGUUUUACUGGGUUCUCACAGUCUUCUUUCUGAUCAUCUACAUGACAAUGACCUACACCAGGAUCCCCCAGGUGCCAUGGACCACGGUGGGUCUGUGUUUUAAUGGAAGUGCCUUCAUUUUGUACCUCAUUGCUGCCAUUGUAGAUGCAUCUUCAGUUACCAAAGAACUGGACAGUCACAAUUACAACAGCUGGGCAGCUUCUUCAUUCUUUGCCUUCGUGGUUACCUGCUGCUAUGCUGGAAACACAUAUUUUAGCUUUAUAUCUUGGCGAUCACGAACUUUGCAGUAAAUAUAUUGUUAAAAUGGAUCCUGUAGUAUAAAAUAUCUGGAGAAUUAAACUCUUUUGACAAAAGCCUGGAAGAGGAAUGAGGUAUUUUUGAGUAUUUCUAUUAGAAUUGACACAAUAUAUUUUAAGCUGAAAUUAAAAUGAUUAUUUAUAAUGUCAUCUUUAGAGAUACCUAACACCGGCUUUGUACUGUAUAAUAAAAUUUCAUACUACUUCUUUUAAAAUUGACAUGGCAUUUUUUCCCAGACUUUGUAUAGAUGUUGUCACUAAAGCUUUAAUAAAUCUUACUCA